AUGCAAGCAGUGAUUCAUAGGGUCCAUGAUGCCAAUCAAGAGUGGGUGACUGAGGAAGCGCGUAUCGGGGCUGAAGCAAUCAAGUAUUUCUCGUCUCUUUUUUCGAUGGAGGAGGCUCCAGCAAAUUCAGAGGUACUUGGGGUCAUCCCAAAAUUAUUGUCGGAGGAUGACAAUGAGCAAUUGCAGAAUAUUCCAUCCUUUGAGGAAGUGCGGCAAGUGGUCUUUGCGAUGGACGGGGAUAGUGCCGCCGGUCCGAAUGGGUUCACUAGCAAAUUCUUUACCUCCUCCUGGGAUAUAAUUGGCAGAGAUGUGUAUAGAGCGGUGCAAAGUUUUUUCUGUGGAGAGGAGCUUCCGCGACGGGUUACUGCUACCUCCAUAGUUCUAUUGGCCAAGGUAGCACGUCCAAAGUGUUUUUUUGAGUUUCGCCCGAUCAGUUUGUGUAACUUUGUGAACAAGAUUUUUUCUAAGAUUCUCGCGGCUCGGCUUGCGCCUAUCCUUCCCAAGAUAAUUUCUGCAAAUCAAAGUGGUUUCGUUUGGGGGCGGUUAAUUUCGGAUAAUUAUUUGCUAGCUCAAGAACUGAUUUCUAAUAUGGUUAGCAAAGUAAGGGGAGGGAAUGUGGCAUUGAAGUUGGACAUGAUGAAAGCUUAUGACCGGGUAGUAUGGCCUUUUUUGAUCAAUGUGCUUAGGGCUUUUGGGUUUGGAAAGCAGCGGAUUGAUAUGGUUUGGCGGCUCAUUUCGAAUGUCUGGUUUUCAGUGGUUGACAAUGGGGCUUUGUUUGGCUUCUUUAAGUCAGCAAGGGGGCUACGCCAAGGGGAUCUGCUCUCCCCUGCUUUGUUUAUCAUUGGAGUCGAGGUGUUGUCGAGGUCACUAAAUAGUUUGCCGUACUUCCGAGGGUUUCAGGGGUUUUUCGUUCCAAGGGGUUGCCCUCUAGUGACUCACUUAGGAUAUGCGGAUGAUGUGCUUGUUUUCUCCAGUGCGACUGUGAGAUCCUUAAAGUUAGUGAAGUGGGUUUUGACAACCUAUGAGGCAGUUUCUGGGCAACGGAUCAAUGCGGGGAAAAGUUGUUUCUUGGUGCACCUAAAGGUAUGCCUAUCCACGAAGAUGGCCAUUCAGAGGUUAACUGGUUUCAUGUAUAAGCCUUUCCCGAUUAAAUAUCUAGGGUUCCCCCUUUAUUGCGGUCACCGGAAAAAAGAGUACUUUGGGGGUUUGUGUCAAGCAGUCCUUCUUCGUAUUCAGUCCUGGCAGAACAGGGUGUUGUCUCAGGGAGGGAAGAUAGUGUUGUUGAAACAUGUCCUUUCAUCUAUGCCGAUUCAUCUGUUAAUGGUGGCUUCUCUUCCCAAAGCUAUUUUCUUGGAGCUUGAGGGCAUGUUUGCUAAUUUCCUUUGGGGAGCUUCAGAGGGGGGUUCCAAGUAUCAUUGGAUUCGCUGGCAGGACCUGUGUGCUAAGUUUUGUCGGGCGGUGCACCCGAAUCUGGUGUUUGAUGGCAAAGGUUCAGAGGUGUGGAGACGGAUGGUGAAGGUGCGGAAUAUUGCUGAGAGACAUAUCGGAUGGAUUGUUCGUUCCGGGAGCUCUAAUUUUUGGUUCGACAAUUGGUUUGGUUCAGGAGGUUUGUCAGACCGGUUGGAUAGUGUAUCCGACCAUAAGAUUGUGGAUUUUGUGCAACAUGCUACCUGGGAUGUCCAAAGUAUUGCACAAUGGGUGCUUUCGGAGAUAGUCGCUGAGAUUGUUCGAGUUGACCCACCUGCCGGGCAGCUACCUGACCUCAUGAUUUGGAGACCAGAGCAUUCGGGAUAUUUCAAAAUAAAGUCAGCGUUCAACUUGGUCCGACAUCAGUCUUCCUCCUCGCUACUAUUCAAACGUAUUUGGCAUCGAGGUGUGCCAUUGAGAAUUUCAUUCUUCCUGUUGCGCCUGCUGCGGGAUCGUCUCUCCUUAGACUGUACCUUAUGGAAGUUGGGGAUUCAUGGACCGUCGCGAUGUGUGUGUUGCUCUUCACCUGAGGUCGAAACUGCGGAGCAUGUGUUUGCUGCUGGGGAUAUGGCGCAACAAGUGUGGCACUGCUUUGGGGAUACGGUUAGAGUUGCCUGGACUGGGCUAGCCUUUCGCGUAUGUAUUGCGGCCUGGUGGCAGGGAAAGCGAGGAAAUAAGUUUCUGGAGUUUAUUCAUCAUGUUACCCCCUUGUUGAUUUGUUGGCACAUAUGGAAGGUUAGGAAUGGCAUGAAAUAUGAUGGUAAGAAGAUCGAGGGGGUCCAGCUAUGUCAUGGUGUUGUUGUCGAUCUUCUAGAGUUGUUUAGGGUACAGUUCCCAGAGUGCAGGGUGUCAUCGCUAUCUUGGGUAGAAUUUUAUCUGGAGGUUUCCAAUUGGAAUGCAGCUAGGUCUUACAUGCUGGUUAAAUGGGUACGGCCCUCACACGGGGGCCUAAAACUCAACACAGACGGGUGCUCCAAGGGUAACUCUGGGGAGAGUGGGGGUGGGGGUGUGCUUCGGGAGGCUAGUGGUAGGCUGGUCCUGGCGUUUUCGUGUAAUUUUGGUAUAGCUUCGAGUAUGCAGGCUGAGGCCUGGGCUCUGCUAUUUGGGGUCAGGUUAUGCCUUCAGCAGGGUUUUGAUUCAUUUGAUGUUGAACUGGAUUCCUUGGCUAACCAGGUGGCAGAUAUAUUGGCCAAUGAAGGUUGUCGGCAUGACCGGGAGGAGAUCUACUUGGCAGCUUCAGCCUUACCCCAAAUCGCGAGAGGAGCAUUUCACUUAGAUAGGUUAGGAGUUGCGUCUCUUCGUCGGUUGAGAUGA